AUGAAUAUAAUUAAAUAAAUUAACCAAAAAGGAAUCAGACUUCAUUCAAAAUGGCAGGAGGCUAAUGAAAGAAUUACCCAAUACAUAAAAUUAUCGAAGAAGCAAUAAUAAUUGCCAAUAUUCUUCUAAUGUAUUUCAAUUCUAUAUUAUAUUUAGGUAUAUUUUUAUUAAUUAGAAUAUUCUAUUGGUUUAUAAUUGAGAUGAAUUAACCAGGAAAAGAAAUAAUGAUGAGAAAUUAGGCCAAAAAGAUGAAUGAUAACUUGUAUAGAGAUUUAUUAGAUUACUCAGAUAAAGAAUUAAUUAAAACACCGUAAGAUGCUUUUAUUUUAAUAGCAAAAAGUAAAAGAAAUUAAUAAUAUAUAGGCUAUGCUUUAUCUGAAGAAAAUAAGUUUCAAGAAGCAAUUGAGUUAUGCGAGAAGGUUUUUGAGAGAAGAACCUUUUUAUCGACACGCUUUGUAUAACAGAUGUAAUUGUUUAUAUUAAAAAGCAGGCGAUUNUCCAGCCAUUUAUGCUCCUUCAAAAAACAUUCUAAUUUGCAAGAACGGAUAUAAAAUAAAUGUGUUAAAAUUCAUAUUCUCUUCAUCCGACUCCGACUGGCAAUGUCAUUUGGAACAAAGUAUUAAUUAUAAACACAAUUGGGUAUUCGGAACCUUAAGCGCCGACGGUUAAUAUUUAAUAACAAGUGA